CUUUUCUCUCUCCAUUGUUUUGUUUCCUCUCUAUCUUCUCUAAUUUAAUCAAUACUCUUAACUCCGGUUCGAACCGGGUUUUAUUUUUUUAUCAAAGAUUUUUUUAAGCAAAUGGCGGGAAUGUGCUGUGGAAUUAAAGUAGGUGAGAAUGAACCGGGGAGUCCGGUUGAACCGUCGACGAGAACUGCUCGUCGGCGAAGAAUGGAACUUCGGCAAAUCAAGAUUAUUUCUGAUAUAGCUGAAAGUACUCGAAUGAAGCGUCGGAAAGUUGAAGAUCAAGAUGAGAGAGAUGAUGAAUUGAAGCUAUUUCAAGCGCGUGAGUGUGAGAAUGCUAGCGUUGAUGAUUUUAUGAUGUCGAAAAUUUCUGAUGUUCCGGUGAAGGUUGAAGAUGUUCCGAAGUUCGGUGUUACGUCUGUUUGUGGUAGGAGGAGAGAUAUGGAAGAUUCUGUUACUGUUCGUCCUUCGUUUUGUAGUAGUAAUAAUAAUAACAAUGGCGGAUUUCACUUUUACGGUGUUUACGACGGCCAUGGAUGUUCUCAUGUAGCAAAGAGGUGUAAAGAGAGGAUGCAUAUGAUAGUCAAGGAAGAGAUCGAGAAGAAUGAAGGUGAAGAGUGGACAGAGACGAUGUCUCAGAGCUUCAAAAGGAUGGAUAGAGAAGUAGGAGAGAGAAUAACGACGACGAAUAACGUCGUCGUUUCAACCUCCACUAGUUGUCGUUGUGAGCUUCAAACACCUCAGUGCGACGCCGUUGGAUCUACUGCCGUCGUCGCUGUCGUUUCAUCGGAGAAAAUUGUCGUUUCGAACUGCGGCGAUUCUCGCGCUGUUCUCUGCCGUAACGGCGUCGCCAUCCCUCUUUCCUCUGAUCACAAGCCGGAUAGAGCGGACGAGUUGAAGCGGAUAGAGGAAGCGGGUGGGCGGGUAAUAUAUUGGGAUGGUGCAAGAGUGCUUGGAAUGUUGGCAAUGUCAAGAGCAAUAGGAGAUAAUUAUCUAAAACCAUAUGUAAUACCCGACCCGGAAGUAACAAUAACGGAUCGGGCAUCGGAUGACGAAUGUUUGAUAUUAGCUAGUGACGGGUUAUGGGAUGUUGUAUCGAAUGAAACGGCGACAGCAGUGGCGAGGAUGUGCUUGAUUAAUGCUGAGAAGCCGCCAUCGCCGCCUCGUUCACCAGGGAACAAGACGGUGGUGGCGGCUCAAAGGGAGAGCUCCGAUAAGGCGUGUUCGGAUGCUUCUAUAUUGCUAACAAAGUUGGCUUUGGCGAGGCAAAGUGCUGAUAAUGUUAGUGUUGUUGUAGUUGAUCUUAGGAGAUGAUAAUUAAUUAAUUUUAGGAAGGAAUUUUUAAUUUUGUUUUGUUUUGUUUUGGUGUUUUGAUGUUUAUUCUUAGGAAGGUUUCCUCGUAUUGAAAGGGUAAGAAAAUGUCCAAAUGUAUGGAGGAAAGGGCAAGAGGCAAUAGUAUACUUUAGUAUUUUACUAGUAUAAGUAUGGUAUAGGAGAAAUUAAUUAGGGGUUUCCACGGUGAUUGUUAGAAUUAAAAUUGUAAAAAGAAAGUCGUGGUGACUAAUUUGUAUCAAGAUCUAUUUUAAACUAAUUGGAGUUUAUAUUGCUCUUUUCUUUCUUACUA